UGGGACUUAUGAUUUCAAAAAAAGUUUUAAAGAAGGAGAUGCAAAAUAUACUAACCAGACUGCUUUACCAGACAUAGAGUCAGAAAGGUCAAUACAACAGGAACCCUCUUGGAAUCAGACUAGAAUUUCCCAGAGUGUGCCUAAUAAGUUUGAAUCUGAUACACAAAAAAUACUAAAUGAAGGAAACAAUAACCAUUCAUUACAAAAAGGUACUUCAAUGCAAAUGUCGAACUUUGCUAGACAGCAUGCAGUCCAGGGAUUUUCUAGAAUUCAUCCAGACUUAAGAUUGUACCCAGCCCAUCAGAUGAUGCCUGAACUGGUCCGAAUCCCACCAUGUAAAAUGUCAUCAGAUAGUUCAGCAACAAUUUCAUCCUAUGAUCUCGCCAAUUCUGAUAAAAAUAUGUGUGCAGGAACUAACACAGAGGAUAAUUCAGGUUCAGUUUCAAAACAUAACAGUUUUAGACAGCCUAAUUGUGAAAAUUUCAAAGUGCCUUUUGCUCCUUUUAAAACUUGUGUUGACCAACGGAACUUAGAAAGAAGUUUUCCUCAGUGGCAUUCAGAUGAUAAAACUUUAGAUAGACAUCAAAUAUAUCAUCAAAAUUUCAAUUCAGAUAUCACGCAGUCAUCUCAUCUUUCACAAGAUUUCAGUUCUUGCUCUACAGAUUCUAACUGCAAUGGAAUUCAGUGGAGAUCAGAUCAAGAACCUGUGAAGCACAUAGCUGAUGGAGCUUUUAGCUCGCAGUCUGUGCAACAAUUUUAUUCCCAGACACAGCAUCAGUUUGAACCUGCACAAAACCAGUCAACUUCACAUUCAGACAUGAAUAUGCGUUUUCAGCAGAAUGUUCAGCCAGGAAUUGAGGAAAAAUUUAGACACUUUUUAGACAAACAUAAUCCUGUUGGUCCAAGUCAGAUUAAGCACCAGAUGCCGUCUGCUACUCAAUCUAAUGAGGCUUCAGAACAAUGCUUUGGGUUUACAUCAAGCAGUUUUUCAGCAAGGGAGCAUGUUGCCAUAGAUACUGUAAUGACACCUGAACAGUUGAGUGAUGAAAGCACAUUCCAAAUGAGUGGAAAAAAAUCAGAUGAAAUUUUGGAUUUGACUUGGGCUGAUCAUUCUUCAGAAGCAAAAAAUAUAGUUGGAAAUGGAACAGCAGAAGUAAAGAAAGCUGAGAAUGAAAAUGAAACAGUCAUGUCAUCUGCACUUUCAUUAGAUCAGUCAGAUAAUAAGUCCUUUGAAAAUUUAAGGUGCUCUUCCCCAGGAAGUGUUAUAAGUCGUGAAGGAAGUAACUCCAGUCAAAAAAGUCAAUAUAGUCCAGCUAUUAUUCAAAUCCUUCUAGAUCAAGUGCUUGACUCUAAUCAGGGCUUUUUGUUUGCAGAAAAUUUGAAACAGAAAUUGGACCAGUCUAAAACUAAUCAUACUGUUCUUCAGCGAGUUUUGAAUCUUAUACACCAAGCCUCUGAAAGGCGAAAAAGCUCAUCAGAAUUGCCUGGAACUGGUGAUAGUAACUUUGGUUUAAGCAAAUUACCUGAAAAUAGGUCAGAAGGUUUGAAUCGUUUCCUUAAUGAUUUAAAUGACAAUUGUAAUGAAAAAGAACCACCUUUACUGAGGAAAAAACGUUGCAUAGAAGAAAUGAAUUUGAAGGAAUCAUUUGAAAAUUUGGAUGUACAAAGAGCUGUUAACGUUGAUGUUCUUACUGAAAUUCAUGGACUUAAUGACUCUUGUAACAAUGCAAGUAGAAGUCCGCAUGCAUCCAUGCCACAGCCAGAUGGAAGUAGUCAUGUUCACAAUUCUUCUCAAGAGAAUUCAAGGUCUUGUUAUCCAGAAGUUCCAACUACGAAGAUUUCUGUUAACCAUAGUAAUCAAACUGGGUCUCACACUAUUUCAAGAAUUCCAACAGUUCAAAUUGCGUCAUCCUCAGUUCAGAGCCCAUCUCAACAAAUUUCAUCCAAUCAGAAUUUUCAUUCCAACUCUCAGUGUAUAUCAACUAAUAGAAAUGCCCAGUACAAUUCUCAAACUGCUUCAGACAACCAAAAUGCACAAUCAGUUCCAAUUCAGAGUUGCUCUACAAUGUCAGACAUUGACAUUCUACAACAAUCAGGACUGAAAAAUAUGGAAGUAUCAGACAAUCUUGUAACAAGUACUGACUUAGUAGAAGAAGGAGGAGAAGAAAAUGUGGAAGAAAUGUUACAAAUAAUUGAUUGUAUGAACUUAGCAAUGAAGAUUCUCAAUCGCUUCAAGCCAGAACAUCGGGAGAAAAUCCGCCUCUUUAAACAGGGACAGCUUCAUCUUCGUAUAAUGACAGCCAGUGACGAAGAUUGUGCAGAGAUUUAUGAAAAAUUAAUGCAAGGAAUUCCAGGCCUUAAUGAUCGCAUUUUAGGUUUCUGUGAAAGUGUUCCUGGGUUUGCAGAAUUAAGUAAGGAAGACAAAGAAAAGCUUGUGAAAAGAUCCUAUUAUGACAUGUGGACGUUAUCAUAUGCGGAAUAUUUCCAAAAUGGAGAAAGUUUUUGGAUACUUCCAAGUGGUGAGAUCUACUCAGCUCAGGCCAUGAGGAAAAUUCUCAAUGAUGAAAUGGUUGACACUAUUAUGACAUUUUCUGAUGCUUAUAACAGGCUUGAGUUCACUGACCUGGAAACAGCUUUAUUUUCUGCAGUUAGACUGACCACAACAGCUGGGACAGAGAUGGAGGACCAUGCUAAAGUGGAGCAGCUGCAUUCACGUUUACUAGAUACCCUUGUAUUUGAAAUAAAAAGAAAUCACUAUGGUAACCACAUGCGACUGGUGAUAGAAUUGUUCAAACUUGUACCAUUAAUUGAGGCAAUAAACAGAAUUCAGGGCGAGAUCAUUGCCAACUUUUCUGUGAAAAGAUUUCAGAAGAAAGCCGCUGAUGCAGGAGAAGGAGGUCAGAGAUCAGAAGAACCAGUCAAGCCAGUAGAGGUUCCUAGACAGUCUGUUUGAUCUUGUUCCUGAAUGGUUCAGUAGUGUUUCAGAAGAUACCAGGUACCAGACCCUCAACCAGACUGUCCUAAAUUUGUCAAACCUAUGCUGGUUCCAUGUACACAUGUACUUUAGGUAAUGAGAAACUGGGAAACAAGUGGAGGUGUUGUUAGCAACAUAAAAUUGAAAUGCUGUUGAACAAGAUUUGAGAGGCAGAUGUUGUUUAAGUACUUUAUGUGAUUGUAAAGGUUGUUUCAAGUUUCAUGCGCAAAAUGCUAGGGUGAAUGCUCAAUGACGGUUGUACCAAUGUAUAGACAUCUCUUCAUACAAGAACACCCUCUCAUUGCAAUGAACCAAUUAUUCAGUGUCAGCAAGAAUAAUUGAAACACUCCUGCGGCCAUUAUAAAUAUAGCCGCAUGAAAAGUUUGUAGGUAAAACAACAAUAAUUGUGUUAAUUAAUGAUACAGCUGCUCAUUUUGUGCAUAAAUGGCACUUGCAAGGUAUUAAUGUGCUAUUUACAUGUUCAUUAUAUUAAAUAUCCCAGAAAUAAAAGGUUGUAAGUGAAAAACAGUACUUGUGUGAAAGCAGGAAAAGUUGUAUAUUUUCAUAAUUUUGUUUUUACAAAUUUCUCACAUGAACUAGUCCUAGCCACAUUUGUGCAACCGCAUUACUAAAGCUUUUAAACACUGACAAGACCAACUUUGUUAUAUUUAUUGACCUGAGGUUAUUAAAAAAAUAUACAUAUACCUUUUUACAAAUGUUGUAAUGAAAGACAUUUUAGCUAUAUAUUUUUGCAUGUAGUAGUUUAUAGUAUGCAAUUCUACGAGGUAGUAAGUGGCAUUUUGACUGUUCUUUUUGUUUUUCAGUAAAUAUUUUGAAAAUUGAAAAUUCAUUGGUGAUAAGUGCCAUGUAGGGGGUUUUAUGAAGGAAAUGCCAUAUUUUGUUGUAUUUUGUUCAAUAAACUAGGUCUAAGAAUUUAAUUCAGUUUCAGGAAAGAUGUAGGUCAUGAUAGGUUGUAAGUAAAACAUGGAUGUUAAUAUGGCUUGACAGAUUUAAAUAUAUUUUGGUACACAGGUGUAACAUCAUAAAAUACAGGUAAAGUUCAACUUUGCCUACAAACCACCAUUUUUGACAUAGUUAUGGCCCCUUUUCCAUCUUAAAAAUUGCCAGACUCAUGGUUUCCGGACAAUAACUUAUGAAAAGCUUGACAGAUUUAAAUAAAUUUUGGUACACUGUGUAACAUCAUAAAAUACAGGUCAAGUUCGACUUUGCCUACAAACCACCAUUCUUUGACUUAGUUAAUGCCCCUUUCCAACAUGAAAUUGCACGUUCUUGUGGCCAUUUCUUACUUCUGUGACAAGGCCGUAUUUUGGUGGUAAUAUUCGUCACUCCAAUGACAGUUCUAGUUUUUUUUUUAAAUCUAGGUAAAUAUUAGAUUCUUUAUAGUUGUACUUUUUGGUUAAUAGUAGUUUGUGAUUUUUGAAAGUAAUGUAUUUCAUGCAAAAAUGCUUUAUAUUACACUUGAGAUAAUUAUGAAUAAGGCAAGAACUGAACUAUUGUAUGUUUUGCAUCUAUGCAGUAUCAUGACAUCAUUGUCUGUUUACGAUGUAAAUUUUUUGUGCUAUUGUCAUGGCCUUUUUGGGCCGGUUGUUAUGAAACAUCAAGCCAUACAAAAAACAUGAAAGUUUCUAGCACAAAUUUUUACUAUUUAUAGGUGCUUAUGAUACCGGUAGUCAUUUGAAGGUGUGCAUUUAAUUAUGUCGGAAAGUACAGCAAGUUGCUGUAUUAUCUAGAAAAUAGCUUGUGUUUUUAUUUAAUAAAAUAACAAGCACAUCUGGGAGUGUUAAAAUAUAUAUAUAUGUUCAGAAGUUGUUCUAAGGAAGUUCUUUAUUAAACAUUGUAUUUAAUAGGGAGGAGAAAUCUGUUUUUGCGGAGAGCUGAAAGUAUUUGUCCUUCAUUUGUGUCUUGAGGUAGUUUUGCAUGUAUGAAAACUCAGAAGUCGUGGUGUAAUAUCAUUUAUCCCAAUAACAUAUGAUAAAACUUGGUGUGAGGAAAAGUAAAUCAUUCCAUAAAUAACAACUUGAGUUUUAAAUGAGACAUCAUGGAAUAUAAAUUUCUUUCUAAAGAUUAGAUAUAAUAUAAUUGUGAAAUAGUCAUAAUUAUAAGCAGCCUGUAAUUUGAAAAUGUCUUAAACACAAGACUUAUACAUUUAUUUUUGCCACACAGUAUAAAAUAUGAGGUUUCAUAAUGUACUCAGAAUGAUGACUUUCCAUUACGAAAACCCAGUUGAGCUAAAAAUAUGUUCAAAUUUGUCUACCAUAUCAUUCAGCACACAAGUUCACAACUGGAUUUUUUUUAUUUUGAUCAAUUUUUUUUUAAUAUAUUCUGAAGUUUUGAUAAAAUCAAGGUUUAAUCAAAUUUUGCUCGGUAUAAAAAAUUUUGAUCAGAACAUAAUACUACCCUGUCAGAAGUUAUAGGGUGUUUGCACCUGCAGACUAUUUUAUUUCUGUAGGUAAAUUAAAUUUUGAUCCUUACAUGCACAGCUACCUUAAAGGUAUUGUAUGUGGUUUUUGUUUUUCAAGAUUUACUUACUGUAGUUAUUUACUGUCAGGAAAUCAAAGCAAAUAUUGAAAUGUCUUAUUGUUUUCAAUAUGCCAGCUGCUGUGUUUAUUAUGUUGUUGACCUCAUUAAAGGCAAUAAAUUCUGAGCUAUCUUUUGAACCAAAUUAUAAUAGAAGUAUUGAAGAAUAUUAUAGAGGUAUCCUAUGAAGAGCAAAUAUUUACUUUCGUUACUGUAAAUUACUGUGUUGUAUUUAUUAUGUCUCCCACCACACAGUGGUGUGGGAGACAUAUU